AUGUUUGCCAAUCAUCAAUAUCAAUACCAAUACCAACAAGCCGGUGGUGGCGCGGUGUCCACUGGCGGCAUGGUUUGGAAUGGAAAUGCUUGGGUUCAGGCGCCCGCUGCUGCCCAGCAGCAACAACCAAAUGGUCGCAAUAGCACUUUCUCGACGGCCUCCUACGUGCAACCCCAGAAAGAGUCACGCUGGUCUCGUGCUCCGCAGCAACAGGCAAGACCAGCAGCAGCAGCCAAACCACAACAAGGAGGUCCUCCUGAUGGUUUAAAGAGCGUGAUUCCUUCUCAUCGCAACAAAGCAUCUCCAUACUCCUCUCGGCAGAAAUCCAGUAGUAAGUAUCAGAAUCAUUAUGGCCCGGCCAACGAAAACGAAGAUUUUAUCAAAGUGCCCAAUUUUGGCGUGAAGAAGGGAAGCAACAAGUAUGUGAACCCCAACAGCGCCAAGAAGAAGAAACCCAUGGAUGACGCUGGAUUCCAGCGGUCCUCUUCGACGAUGGCCCAGCGUGCCAAUCGUUUUUCUGGCCCUGGUGGCAAUGCCGAUGUGCGCCAAGCCACAGCCAAGGGCAUUGACGCGCGGUACAUGGGCAAGGGUGUGAUUGGCGGAUCCUCAAAAAAGCUCGAUGAAACGGAUUAUGAACAAAUGAAGGUGAAGGGAAGUUGUCGAAAGUUAGAAAAACAGUAUCUUCGUCUCACAGCACCUCCCAAAGCAGAAUUGGUCCGUCCCUUGGAAAUUCUUCAACAGCACUUGUUCAAUCUGAAGACAGAAUGGAAGUCGAAAAAGACUCGUCGUGAUUAUUUGUGGUUUUGUGCCGAAAUGAAGGCGGUUCGUCAAGAUUUGACAGUGCAGCACAUACAAAAUUCCUUUACGGUGCAAGCGUAUGAGUUUCAUGCCAGGAUUGCUCUGCAAGAGGGAGACAUUAACGAGUUCAACCAGGCCCAGACGCAACUCAAGAUUUUGUAUGAAAAGUUGGAUGAUGCCAAGUCGCUGGAGAAUGAAAAUGAGUUUGUUGCGUACAGGAUGAUCUAUUUCGUUGUCAUGUCUCUCAACAAGGGGUACAAGGGCGGGUCUUCCGACUUGUUGAAACUGAUGUUGUCUCUCACCUCUUCGCAACGAAAUGACCCUGCCAUCAAGCAUUCCCUGCAGCUUCGUGCUGCCGUGGCGGAGAUGGAUUAUCACAAGUUCUUUCAGCUCAUGAAGUCGUGCCCCAACCUCGGGGGCAUGUUGAUUUCCCGUAGUGUUCCAAUCAUGAGACAUUUGGCGCUCCAACGAAUCUGCAGGGCCUACCGUCCUUCCGUUGCAUUUGUGUUUGCAUUGAAAGAGUUGGGGUUCUCGGUUGAGACAGCAAAGGAGAUUGACGAUGGUAAAAAGUAUUUGUUGAGUUGUGGCUGUGUUUUUAAUGAUGAGGAUGGCUCGGAGAUCCAGACCAAGAACACUGUUGUUCGCGAGUCCGAUUUGGAGGAGAAGCGUUCCCUCAAUUAA